CACUAAGCUCGUCCCAGCAGUGAGAGCCAGUGGUUCCUAAGCAGCGGAAAAUUGCAGCGUCGUACGUUAGUAGCGCAGCGCCUCUAACGGCAACCAAUGGAUGACGUGAGAUACGCCAAGAGCGCAGGCGCGAAUCGAAAUGCGCGUUCAACCCGCGCAACUGGAAUGGAGAAUCGCAACGACGUUUCUCAUAUGGAAAAACGAUCGUAGGGAAAGAUAUACAGCAAUCAAUCUGACUGGGACCUGCUGCUGCUGCGGCGGACAGUGCGGGAUUUGUACUCGUCGUAAGAUUUUACCACGCAAAGAGGGAAUGUCACGACCGGACAUAAGGAAUAAAUGAUAUAUUCAGGUGUACGUCAACGGUUCUUUGCGGUUUAAAUGGGAUAUGGAGCGGCUGCUGACGCGACGCGCGCUUGGAAAGGCGUAAAAAAUAUCGGUGACGUUACGGCGGAUCGUCAAUGAAACUGAAGCUGAUCAGUGCCGAAUAAAAAACCCAUUUCUGGAGCACCGGAGCAGCCCGAAUAAAACACGUCCCCGCUCAUUCAUGUGCGUGUGUCAAAGCAAACGGGACGCCGCAUUAGCGGGACUGUUGCUGCUGUUCUGAGACCUGUGGCUGGGUCGGAACCGUGAUCUGGGUCGGUUUUUGCGGUUCCUCGUGUGUGUAUUUGCGGAGGAUGGGAUAUAUCAGAGAGUCCAUGCAGAAGAAGGUCUCGGGAAGACGCGCUCAUACUACAGGGCAGUGAUGCCGGGCAUGGUACUGUUUCGGCGACGCUGGUCAGUCGGCAGUGAUGACCUUGUGUUGCCGGCUUUCUUCCUGUUCGUACUACACUGCAUAUGGCUGGUGGUUCUGUCUGUGGUUCUCUUUGGGCUGCCGUACAGUUCAGAGCAGUCAUGUUCAGUCACGCUGGUGGAUCAUGGUCGCGGUUACCUCGGCAUCUUGGUCAGUUGUCUGAUCUGCGAGAGCGCCAUCAUGUGGCUGAGCAUGAGGGGCAGCAUCCUCUACACACAACCCAGAGAGGCAGUGCAGUAUGUGCUCUAUAUACGCCUAGCCAUCCUGCUCGUGGAGCUGGUGUAUGCAGUGGUGGGCAUCGCCUGGUUGGUGCAGUACUACCAGCCCUGCCCAGACAUCACCGCUAAGAACCUCGCCCUCGGGAUUGUGGCAUGUAACUGGUUGGUCAUCUUCAGUGUGUGUUUCACCAUGAUGUGCACCUUUGACCCCACCGGACGGACCUUUGUCAAGCUGAAAGCAACUCGUCGACGUCAGCGUAACCUUACAACAUACACACUCAGACACAGGCUAGAAGAGGGUCAAGCCAGCAGCUGGAGCAGAAGACUCAAAUUCUUCAUGUGCUGCACCAGAGCAAAAGACACACAAUCUGACGCGUACUCUGAGGUUGCCAGCUUGUUCGCCGAGUUUUUCAGAGAUCUGGAUAUCGUGCCGAGUGACAUCAUUGCUGGUUUGGUGCUGCUCCGACAGAGACAACGGGCUAAAAGAUCAGCCAUCUUGGAUCAGGCAAACAAUGAUGUUUUAGCCUUUCUGUCUGGGAUGCCUGUGACACGCAACACUAAAUACUUGGACCUCAAGAACUCGACUGAGAUGGCCAUGUAUAAGGAAGUGUGCUACUACAUGUUGUUUGCCAUGGCGGCAUAUGGCUGGCCCGUUUAUCUUUUGAGAAAACCAGCAUGUGGACUCUGCAGACUUGUCAGCACCUGCUCCUGCAAUACUUCAGUUUCAAGCUCUCGCCUCUCUCAGUCCGUCACCGUUGAGGAAGAUAACUGCUGCGGCUGUAACGUUCUUGCCAUCCGACGCCAGUUUCUAGACCGAGACCUCAAAGAAGUCCAGAUUGUCUACACAUCCUGCCAUGACGCGGUUUAUGAGACGCCCUUCUUUGUAGCAGUGGAUCACGCAAAGAAGAAAGUCGUGAUCAGCAUCAGAGGAACGUUGUCUCCUAAGGACGCUUUAACAGAUCUCACUGGCGAUUCGGAGCGUUUGCCUGUCGAGGAGCAGCACGGCACGUGGCUCGGACACAAGGGAAUGGUUUAUUCAGCCGAAUACAUCAAGAAGAAACUGGAGCAAGAGAUGAUCCUCUCUCAAGCCUUUGGGAGAGAUUUGAGUAAAGGGACGAUGCACUACGGGCUGGUGAUUGUGGGUCAUUCUCUGGGAGCGGGAACAGCCGCCAUCCUGUCCUUCCUCCUUCGGCCGCAGUAUCCUUCACUGCAAUGCUAUUCCUACUCUCCUCCCGGCGGCCUGCUUAGUGAGGAUGCAAUGGAGUACUCGAAAGAGUUCGUCACCUCAGUGGUGUUGGGAAAAGAUCUGGUGCCCAGGAUCGGCCUCUCUCAGCUUGAGGGUUUCCGUCGUCACCUGCUUGAAGUCUUACAGAAGAGCAAUAAACCAAAGUGGAGGAUCAUUGCUGGAGGAACAAAGUGCAUCCCUAAAUCGGAGCUGCCCAUGGAUGACGAAGCCCCUGUAUCUCAGGGCGUAACACCCUCCAGUUCCCGCCUAUGGCUUCAUCCCAGUGAUCUGAGCAUCGCCCUGUCAGCCUCCACACCGCUGUUUCCCCCGGGUCGGGUCAUUCAUGUGGUGCACAAUCACCCCCCUGAGAUGUGUUGUGGUCAGGAAGAGCCCACCUACUCUGCUCUGUGGGGCGAUAACAAGGCCUUUGAUGAGGUCAUCAUUUCUCCAGCCAUGCUGAAUGAACACAUGCCCCAUGUGGUGAUGGAUGGCCUCAACAAGGUGUUGGAAAACUACAAUAAAGGGAAGACAGCUUUACUGUCUGCUGCUAAGAUAAUGGUCAGUCCAACAGAAGUGGACCUGAAUCCAGAAACCAUCUUCCUGGACACCUCAAAUUCGCCACAGCCUACGCCAGCCACACACCACCGCAGAAACAGCAGUGUCCGUUCCUGCGCCCGGUCUGAGAUCUCCCUUGAUGGCUUCUCUGAGUGUCCGCCUCCUCCUGUCCCUAUUGUGCUCACCGGAGCCCGUGAGCGACUGGCUGUGGAGCUGCGGGAGCGAAAAGCCCCCUUGGCCAUCAUGGAAAGCCUGUCCGAUGCCGAAUCCGUCUACAGCCUGGACUCUCGCCGAUCAUCUGCCGCCCUACGGGGCUCACCCUGCCUAGGGAGCCUACCUUUCCCACUGGAUGCCCCAAUCCCAGAAGAGAAUCCUUCAUUGAGUUCUCGUACGGAGCUCCUAGCUGCUGAAGGGUUGACCCAAGAUUUGGGGGAGGCUGGACCAUACAUUCCUACACCUCCAGAGCCAGAAGAACCCUCCAACGACAUCCCAUACAACAACGAAUACUUCACUCCAGAAUUGAAGAGUACCACAGAUCCAGAAACAGAUUCAUCUGUGGUUCCCGACAGUCAAGACUCCUACCGUGUAGCAUCCCGGACUGGUUCUCGUCCAGAAAAGCUCAGGGAGUUUGAAGAAAAAGAGGUCAAAGUUGAUCUCUCCCAAACUCUUCCCGCAGUUACUCCACUAUCCAACGGUACUCCCAGUCAGGCGGUCCUAGAGUUCGCCCAGUACCUAGACUCUCUGUUUAGGCUGGACGGAAGCAGUUCGCCUCCUCUUGAGCUCUCGGAUGCUGAGUCCGAGUCCGGCCGGGGAUCCUACAGUCAGGCUGAGGAACACCAAGAGGAGCAGCGUGUCAAAAACGCGGAUAAGCUACUAGCUAGAGCCGCGCUAGAGCCCAAUUUGGUUCCCAAGCCUCCUCGCACAUUUGCCGGCUCUGCUGACCCGUCCUCCGGCAUCUCUCUUUCUCCAUCCUUCCCGCUCUCAUCUUCCGGAGAACUCAACGAUUUUUCUCCCGCUGAUGGAGUGUUGCCUGUAAACCAUACAUCUACGCUACGAACUUCCGCUGCUAGUCCCAACCCCAAGGAAACUGCAUUGUCGUCUAUGGUUUAGACUCAUUGAUUUGUUUUUUUUUCGCCCAGCACUUGGUGGGUUCACUUUCUUUGCUCUUUCUGAACUGAUUGUAGAAACAUGCAUGCGUAGCAGCAACGCGGCCAGUUCCCGAGACUUCCAGAUUUUAAGGAUUCAUCCAGAACAGAAGACCUCAUUUUGUACUAUCGUAAAAGACAUGAAUGCAUCGUGUCUGGCGUAUUCACCAUUAUGAAGUGUCCUGCAACACACAAAGUGCUGAGAGGCUCCUUUGAACACUAGCGCAUAAAGAAGCUUGCACAAUUGACCCUACGUUCACUAAUGUUACGGUUAUGUUUACAUUGAACACCAAGCUAUCACAAAGGUUGGCAGUUUCGUAAGGGAAAGGCUGGGAUUUUAAAGGGAAGUCGGGGGAGGGGCGCACAGGACAAGCUUUCCUCAGGACUUUUGAGAAUGACGAAACGGGACUAACGACGUCUCAGGCGAAGGAUGUUAUAUUAUUUUAUUUCGGAUUGUACUUUUUGUUUUGUUUUUUAUUUAUUGAACAAGAUUGUGUGGAAUGUCCUGCUGAAGUAUGUGUAGUUGGUGGCACUGAUGGUUGGUGGACAUCGAUGUGCAUGAGAAAAUACUGUAUGCUCGUAUAUUAAAAAAAACAAACAAUGAAAAAAAAAACGUUCAAUUUUGCUAACUCUCGUCAUCUCUUUUUUUGACGUCUUCUUUUGAAUUUUUUGCAUGCAAGUUUUUUUUAUCAUUUUCCUUUCCACCCGAUUGCCAAAAAAAGCCAACUACAUACUUCGAGUUUGAAAUGAAUAUAUAAUGAAUACGUGUUGUUAUUUAUUUUUUAUUUCUUUGGAAAACCACUGCCCAUAAAUGCAAACGACAUCAGGAGGAGUUGCUGAAUGGUUCGCACCAGUUCACAAAAUGCGCCCUUUAAAUGGCUCGGCUGAAUCUGCGACAUGUUUUUUUUUUUUUAUCGCAGAACGAGACGCGUAACUUUAGAACGAUCUUAUUUGUUAUUGGUAUGGCGUGCAAUCAGUAGCAAAAUAAGCAUAGAGAGAUUUCUUCUCAUCUGCUUUUUUUAAAAUAAAAUAAAACAAAUCAUUUCUACGGUUGUUGCUGUAUUACAAUAAAUAGUGGUUUAUCUCGACGGCGAAAUAUUUUAAUAACUUAGACUUGCUUUUUAUAUAUCGUUUCAGGGUGGAGUGGUUGAGUUUUUGGGUGGUUGUGUGAAAAAGUACAGCGGUUUGUCACCACAGUGCUUCGCGAAUCAUGUGUCACAUGACAAGUGUUUUAUUUUAUACUCUGUCGAUUAUGUUUUAUAGCUUAAUUCCCAUGCUUUGAUCACAAUUUGUUUCCUUUUAAGUUGUUUUGCAUGCAACUACUAAAAAAUAAGCGUAUCACAUUGUGAUUUUAGCAUUUUUAACAAAACAAAAAAACUCAGUAUUGUUUUGCUGCUUUAUUGAAUACUUUGACUUUAUAAGCUGUGACUGCUGUACUUUUUCACCAAAAAGUUGUGUAUAGCACUGCCUUUUCACGUGAGUGUACAUAAAUAAAUACUGUCUUGUUUCCAGUUGUUGUGUAAAAAAAAAAAGAUAUAAAAUCAAUGGGACUUAUCAAUAAAACAGCUCUAUCAUGUACCAUAGUGAUGACUUUAUCUCAAAAAUGUAUAGCUAUAUUGAUAUAUCUGCAGUAUAAAUUAUAAAUAGACAAUAAUUAAGACUAUUCAGGAACGGACUUCUGAUACUGUGGCCAUAUGUUUACUUCAGAAAACAAUAUUUAGUGAUUGAACUGUCAUUCUUUAGGAAACAAAAUAAGAAAGAAGAAAAGAAAAAACUCUUCUCAUGUUUGUCACUAUACCCUGCCAGUCUUUUAACUCUCUUUCAAGAAUGAGAAUGUAUCUAAAUGCACACACACACUUACACUGCCCUGCCUGUAAGAGAAUAAAACAUAUGGAUCUCAGACUGA